AUGGUUUUGCCUAUGAGCUUGUUGAAGACGGCCCAAGGGCAGCCGAUAAUGGUCGAGUUGAAGAAUGGCGAGGCAUAUUCUGGUGUAUUGGCCAAUUGUGACUCCUGGAUGAACUUGCAUAUCAGAGACGCUGUCCUCACUAGCAAGGAUGGUGACCGCUUCUGGAAGCUGGCUGAGGCCUACAUAAGAGGGAAUCAUAUCAAAUACCUACGGAUACCCGAUGGUGUGGUUGAUAUGGUUCAGGAGGAUGCUAUCAGGCUCCAACGUAUGAAGGCUGAGAAGGGUGCUGGAAAGGGCAAGGGUAAAGGCAAAGGGAAGGGUGGUGGUAUACCAGCAGGGAAAGACGCUCAUCUCCCUGGUGUCCAGGUCGUGGUGAGGCUGCUGGCCCUCGUAUGCGUCGGUAAUCAGUGUUGA